ACCAAACAGUGCCAAUAACGCCACAGUCGCCUCGUCUUCUUCCUCAGCUGUGAAACGUGGUCUCCGGGCGAGAAGAAGCCGUCUUCUUCAUCAUACAAAGAAAGAAAUAAAUAAACACAAGAGCAAGAGAAACCCCCCUCCUUGUCUUGAACAAAAUUCCCGGCUUUCUUCACGCAUUGAUUCAAGCUCUGUGCUUUGGAAGAUCGGAGAGCAGAAAUGGCCACUUUUGGAGGAACAACUCAAAAGUGUAAAGCCUGUGAGAAGACAGUUUACUUGGUGGAUCAGCUUGCUGUUGAUGGCAAAGUCUAUCACAGGCCUUGCUUCAGGUGCCACCACUGCAAGGGCACCCUCAAGCUUGGUAACUACAGCUCGUUUGAGGGUGUCCUGUACUGUAAGCCUCACUUCGAUCAAUUGUUUAAGAUGACGGGCAGCUUGGACAAAAGUUUUGAAAGUGCUCCAAAAACUGUGAGAGUCAACAGAUCUGCAUAUCAGGGCCACAACAACAGCAAAGUUUCAAGCCUUUUUGCGGGAACUCAAGACAAGUGUGUUGCAUGCAAGAAAACUGUUUACCCUAUCGAAAAGGUGGCGGUUGACGGCAAGUCGUAUCACAGGCCGUGUUUCAAGUGCGCUCGUGGAGGCUGCGUGAUCAGCCCGUCGAACUACGUGGCACACGAGCAUCGGCUCUACUGCAGGCACCACCAUUCCCAGCUUUUCAAGGAGAAGGGAAACUUCAGCCAACUCGACAAUCACUGACAAAGGGGUUGGUGUGAACGUAGCAUCUGCUCGAUGCAAUGGGCGUUGAAUCAACAGCAGGCUUCUGAACAGAGCCAGAGAUUCAAUCAGAGGGCUGUCGCUUGUGUAUCCUUUUUGACAAAAGAGUCUUCAUACUGUUUGUUUUGGUUGCAAAAUUUGAAGAGUUGAGCUACUGAAUGAAUAAGAGAGGUUGGAAAUUGAGGCUUUUACGUGUUCUUUUAGCCCCCAUUAAUAAACCUUUGUGUUAGCUCAAACUCAAAGGCUCUGCUUUGUGCUUUGCCUACUCCUGCCAGAUCAAUCUCCAUUGACGAGUCCUUAGUUUUGCUUCUUUGAUAUAAUGGGGCCACCUUUGUCAUUCUUUGAACAUCUAGCUAGAGAGUUUUCGACAUUUUGUUUGUGGUUUAAUGUUAUUGUUUAAUGCAAAUUUGUACUCUACUUUUUGACCACUUUAUAUGUCAUUUCUAAUAAGUU